AUGAUCCAUACCUCGUACCAGUUCCGGAAUAAAUUGAAAAUAACUCCCUUUAUAGCUGCUCUUGCCCAGAUCAACACCACCCUAACUCUGUUACAUGUGAUUUAUACAUACCUCACUAAUGAAAGCGGGCCAUUAAGAAAGCCUUUAGAUGCUAGCACCAGUAAACAACUUCAGACCAUUCUAGAGGGAUUUCUACAGAAGGGACAGAAACUCUACCUAGAGACUGAGGUUGACCCAAGUCUUGUUGGAGGUAUGACGGUGACCAUUGGGGAUAAAUUUAUAGACAUGUCCCUCAAAUCCAAGAUCAAGCUCUACAUUGACAUUCUUAAGAGUGCAGCUAUCUAAACAAGACAGCACUAACUUUUAUUAUAAUUUCAUACAUGUGUUUGUUUACCACUAGGAUGAAUAAAAAGGCUAUUUAAACUUAA